AUGUCAACAAGUGCUGCACUCCCGACGACGCAGAAGAGCGCUGUGAGGGUAACUCCUGAAGCGUCUCCGAAAGCCAGAGGUCCAAAUCGAAGUACUAAAGCUGCACAUAAGCUGAAAGUAUUACCUGAGCAGCCAGAGAUAAGGACGCAAAGCCAGAUCAUAGCCGAGGAUGGGGAUGAGGAGGAAGAUGGUACACCAGGGUCUCCCAGUGACCCCAUGAGGAGGAGGACGAUGAAGAAGCCGAGGUUCCCUUACAAGCAAAUCGCACAAAUCCCGGCAGGAACCGCGCGUAAAGACGCUCUCCGUCUCACGAAGAGGGAGAAAGCCAGACUUCCGAGGGUUACCGCGUACUGCACUGCGAACUCAUACCGCCUAAGUGAUAUUCAAAAGUUCCUGAACGCGCGAAAGACUUCUCACAGAACGGACCCAAAAUUAUUUGAUGAGGCCAUAUAUUCUCCAUACUCCUUCGCUGGACCCCGCAGCGAGGCUGAUCAUCAUCCCGCUCCGAUUUCUGGAGAUCUAUUGGGCAUUCCGGAGCUCGUACGGAAUGACGUGUCACAACACGCCUCGCAAGCAGCUCAACCUUCUCCAAAGUCGUCACACAAGUGGCUUGUUGACGACGCCUCAUAUUCCCUACAUCGAGUGCCUUCCGAAAGUACGGUCCGCGAACGCCGCUCGACCAAGACGGUCAAGAGACGCCCAAAAUUCGACAAAGUUGGACAGGAAGGUAUCGAUGCUGAAGUCUUCCUGUUUGAAUAUGGAACAGUUGUUUGCUGGGGGAUGACAGAGGCUCAAGAGAAACGGUUUCUGAGUUCAAUGUAUUCUCAUUCAUCUGGGAUUAUUCUUCUCCUAACCAAUUGGCUCCCUCAGACGGCGCUUCGAACAAGAGCGUCAGCUCCAGACGAUGUCGAGAAGGAAGAUCUCAAUUAUUAUUAUGCUAAUUACAGCCGCAUAUAUAACGAUGUGAUUACUCUGCGAAAAGGAUCUAGCUUCAUGACGAAGCUCUCCCUUUCCCAUGCCCUUGCGCAAUCAGUGAAAAUAUCAUUAUUCGAGCAACUUAUCUCCAACACAAUCGAAGAGACUAAAGACAUUCCUGAGGUGAUGUCUAAAACUGGGAAGAUUCACUUACAUCACGAUGAAAUUAUGCAGCAAAUAGGCCAGCUUUUCAUCCUUCGUAUGGAUAUAAACCUAGUCGGCUCAGUUCUCGAUUCACCGGAACUGUUCUGGGUAGGCUCAUGA